GUACCUCCCUGUCUCUCCUUUCGGCGCGUCGACUUCACAUUAUUAUCUCUUUCAGACAGCUUUGAUUCUUAAAACAAUUUCAUUUCUCCCCAAGUAUUGUCCUGUCCGUAAAGGAUUGAUUUUUUUUUUUUUUAAAUUCUCUUCUUCUCUCUGCCCACUUCUGAAACUGAGUUUAUUGCAAUCAGGAGUUUAAACUCUUCUUAUCUUGACACUUUCUGCUGCGUUGAUUUUCUGCUUUAGCGCCUGUCUCUUUCAGGAAGACGUGUCUUGUUUCUUUAAGAUUCCUCUCUUUUCAAUCCUCAAGUCUAAAGCAAAUCUCUUCUUGGUGUGAGUUCUCGAGAAGGGUAUUCUUUGUAGAAACAAAAGAUUGGGGCUUUUGAUGCUGUUUUAGUAUCCUACAGAGAAACUCCGAUCUCCUCUCUGGUCCUAUCUGAAUUGAGGUUUCUUAGGGAAUGAGAAAACUGUAUAGGAAGCUGGCUUCAUUCAAAGACCCAUUCACCAGAGUGAAGAGACAAGUGAGCUCACAUUCAGGUUUUAGGUCUUUCAGCGACAGAAGAUGGAUGUUCCCUUUCCUAGCAACUUUCAUCAUCUCCAUUACUCUCCUCAUGCUCUCCCUCUCCGGCCAAUUCGGAGAAGAAGAAGCUCCUUUACCAUCAGAACAUGUUGUCUCAGAGUCUAAUGAUGACUACUUUGUAGAAUCAAGUUUCAUAAAUUCAAAGACCAAUGUUAAUCCAGAGCUUGUUCCUAGGUUAGCUUAUCUUAUCUCGGGAACUAAAGGAGAUAGUCAUAGGAUGAUGAGGACUUUGCAAGCUGUGUACCAUCCUAGAAACCAGUAUGUUCUGCAUUUGGAUCUCGAGGCUCCACCUAAAGAACGGAUGGAGCUAGCUUUGUCUGUGAAGAGUGAUCCUAUUUUCAGUGUAAUGGAGAAUGUUAGGGUGAUGUCUCAGUCUAAUCUUGUUACUUAUAAAGGUCCUACAAUGAUUGCUUGUACUCUUCAAGCCGUUGCGAUUUUGCUUAGAGAGAGCUUACAUUGGGAUUGGUUUAUUAAUCUUAGUGCCUCGGAUUAUCCUCUCGUUACACAAGAUGAUUUGUUGUAUGUCUUCUCGAACAUGUCGCGGAGUGUUAAUUUCAUUGAGAAUAUGCAGCUCACUGGUUGGAAACUGAAUCAGAGAGCUAAGUCAAUCAUAGUUGACCCUGGCUUGUACCUAUCUAAAAAAUCUGACUUAGCUUGGACUACUCAGAGACGUUCACUUCCAACUUCUUUCAAGCUAUUCACAGGCUCAGCUUGGAUAAUGCUGACACGGUCUUUCCUCGAGUAUUGCAUCUGGGGAUGGGAUAACUUCCCUAGAACGAUACUAAUGUACUACACAAACUUCGUGUCAUCACCUGAAGGUUACUUCCACACAGUGAUCUGCAACAGCAAAGAGUUUGUCAACACUGCGAUAGGACACGACCUUCACUACAUUGCUUGGGACAAUCCACCAAAGCAGCAUCCUGUCUCUCUCUCCUUGAAAGAUUUUGAUAACAUGGUAAAGAGCAAAGCUCCGUUUGCGCGUAAGUUCCACAAGAACGAUCCUGUGUUGGACAAGAUUGAUAGAGAGUUGUUGGGGAGGACACAGAGGUUCUCACCGGGAGGAUGGUGUGUUGGGAGGUCGAGUAAUGGGAGUGAUCCGUGCUCUGUGCAAGGGGAUGACUCGGUUUUGAGACCAGGACCUGGUGCUGUGAGGUUGCAGGAGCUUGUUCAAAUGUUGACUUCAGAGGAAUAUAGGAGUAAACAAUGUUCUUGAAUGUUUGAGGUUAUCUAAUGAUCAUGCAAAAUGUCAUGUUGUAUAUUACUUUUUUGUUUGAUUAUAAAUUUUGGUUAUAGAAUGAUGUUCAAUGAAUCAAGGAAGUGUAGAAGUAGA